AAGAAGACAAAGCCACUCCUAUAUAUAAUGGUAAUAGUAGCAGUUCAGCUGAUAACCAAAACCCCAUUAAGACAAGCACUAGUAGAGUUUUUCUCAUAUCAGAUUUUAUUUCAAACCAACGCCUAUGGAUGCAAUGUGGGCAGUGGGACUCGGACUGGGUCUUCUCCCACUGGUCAUAUGGGUGCUGAGAUCCUUCAAUGAAUGGAGAUACUGUUACCCACAUUUAACCUUCAAGAAUGGCAGAAAGCUUCCUCCUGGUCAUUUGGGUUGGCCUAUCAUUGGAGAGUUGGUGGACUUUCUAUGGUGUUUCAAGUUUGCAAAGAGGCCUGAUGAUUUCAUAUGGAAUAGAAUUGCAAGAUAUGGAGACACUGGGGUUUACAGAUCCCAUUUAUUUGGGUCACCUGCUAUCAUAACAUGUUCUCCAGAGGCCAACAAAUUUAUGACAGGAGGUACAGAGAGUGGCAGUUUAAUUGCCGGAUGGCCUUCUCCUCAGGUAAUAGGGACUAGUUCAAUUGCCAUGGUGGAAGGUGCUCAGCAUAAACGUAUUAGGCGUUAUCUGAUGGAAGCCAUCAACAGUCCAGAAUCAUUAAAGAGGAUGUUCAUAACCUUACAGCCCUCAUUAAGAGAAGCCCUUAAAAAUUGGGCCCUCAAGGGUACAAUCGCUGCUUUUCAUGAAGUCAAUGAGGUGCAAUUUAGCAAUAUAUGUAGAUUGCUGUUCAGUUUUCAAAGUGCUCCAAUGUUAAAAGAGAUGAGAAGGAUUUACACAGGACUUGUGGCUGGACUUAGAGCUCAACCCAUUAACUUGCCAGGCACUGCAUUCCACUCUGCUGUCAAGUGUAGAAAGAAACUGUCAGCAAUGAUAUUAUCUGAAAUGCAUGAUAGAAGGGCAAAUAAGAGCAACAUUAAAGAGGACUUCCUUCAAAAUUUGAUGGACUCAGUGGACUCCAAUGGAGAAAAGUUGAAUGAUGAGGAAAUUUUGGAUAAUAUGGUGUCACUUAUCUUGGCUGGUUAUGCAUCCACAUCUCUUUCAAUGACUUGGGCCCUUUAUUAUUUGGCAAAAUAUCCCUCUGUUCUCCAUAAACUAAGGGAGGAAAAUAGACUGAUCAGAGAGAAGAAAGGAAAAGAUGAGCACCUAAUCUAUGAAGAUAUUAAAGACAUGACUUAUACUUCAAAGGUGAUUGAUGAAGUAGUUAGGGUUUCUCAUGUAUCAUCUUUUGUAUUUCGGACUGUGGCAAAAGACAUAGAAUUCAAUGGUUACAUAUUUCCAAAGGGAUGGAAGGUCAUAAUUUGGUUGCGAUCUAAUCAUGUUGAUCCUCGAUAUUUUGAGAACCCUCUAGAGUUCAAACCUGAAAGAUGGGAUGGGCCUAAGCCAAAGGCAGGAGCAUAUUAUGCAUUUGGUUCUGGUCCUAGAUUGUGCCCAGGAAGCAAUCUUGCUAAAAUGCAAUUAUUCAUGUUUUUACAUCUUGUAUCCAAUGACUACAAGUGGGAGCUCGAAAAUCCAAAUUCUAAGAUAAAGCAUCUACCACAUUCAAUGGUCGUAGAUGGUGCAAAAAUGAAAUUCAGCCAUAUUUAGACAGAAAUAAAAUGUAUAAAUAUUGAUAUUGUGUUUUUAGUUCUUCUAAAUAAUCAACAAAUAGUAUAUGAUAAUCAAUGCUAAACACUUUUAAAUAUGUGAAAAAUAUUUUUAAUAUAUAUUUUAAUUUUGUAUA